AUGCAGUUCCGUCAGACCAUCCUUUCCCUCUUCCUCGUCUUCAACCUCGCCCAGGCCCUGCCCACCUCGGCGUCCACUUCAGUAGUCGACAUCAGCAAGAGGGCCAACAACAAGGGCGGCGGCGGCGGCAAGGGCGGCAAGGGCGGCGUCAGCGCCGAGGUCAAAGGCAUCAACAAGAACAUCGGCAUCCAGAAGCAGGAGAAGCAAGACGCCAAGGCCGUCAGCGCGGCCGAGACGGGUGGCAAGGCCCAGUUUGGCAAGGCCAAGGGUCAGCUCCUCGACACCAUUGAGAAGGGAGAGAAGGUCCGCGCCAACAAUCAAAAGCUUGCCGAUAAGAACAACAAGCCACUCGUGGAUGGUCUGAAGAAGGUCCAAGGUGCACAGGCUACGGAGGAGAAGCUCGCCAAGAGUCUCCAGGGCGGCAACUCCAAGACCGACAAGGCCACCUUGAAGACCCUCCAGUCGGACUUUAGCCAGGGCAUCAAGGUGAACAAGGAAAACGCGGCUCUUGCCAAGAACGGCGGCAAGACCGGCGGCAAGGGCGGCGACAAGGGCGGCAAGGGUGGCAAGGGCGGCAAAUAG